ACUGCAGAUUGCAGCAAAUGAACGACUGCAACCUUUCGUCGUUUCAUCGUUCCACCGCUUCAACCUGCCAAUCGCCUCUUUGAAAUCUCUCAAGUCUCGAUUUUGCAGAAACAACUAGAGCAGAAGUAGGAGAAUCACAUCAAAACGAAGGAUGGUUGAGGAGGUAAUGGAAGGAGUAGCUUCAAUAGCACUUUUGCCAUGUGGAUCCAUUUCUGGCCAUUUCAUUCAACUCCCUCAUUCCAUUUGCUAUGGCCUUCAAGCCACUGAAUUGGCAUGUGAAAGGGAAUGUAGCAGGGGUGAGGAUUACCGUCUGAUCAAGCUCACCAUCAUAGACUACAAUAGAAAGAAAGAACGAGAUGUUAUUUUGGAGCGCAGAGGCCAUGAUGCUGCUAGGUUGCGCACCAUUGAUCAUGCUCAUGGUUGGGAAAAGGACGUCGUUAGCAUGGUUGAGGAGAAACAUGGGAAGAACAAGAUAAUGAUUUCUUUCGACUGCGAGACGCUGAAAGCUGAGAAAGCGGCCGAAGAUCAUAUCAAACACUUCAUGCCCAAAUUAGCUGGCCUUGAUGCUGUUGUAAACAUUGGCCGUAUGACCAUAGCAGGAUUGGAUUUUGAGGCAGAGGAAGUUGAUGGAAACCAGAAUAGACCUGAUAAUAUAUAACGCGUUCUGUUUACCUUAUUCUGUAUAGUACAACCUUUUUCUUUAGUCCUUAAAGGAUGCAAUCUCUACGCCCAAACAUGCAUGUCAAAUGACAUAGCUUUCAUAAACAAUCAAGACAUGUCUGUUUGCUUCAUAUUUCACCAAAUUCUAUCCUUAAAAAGGUUAUCUAUUAUGUCCAUGUUUUCCCAAUAUUAUC